ACCAGCCCUGCUGCCUCCAGACCCGCCAUGGCUGCAAGAAAAGCCCUGAUCGUGCUGGCGCACGCGGACAAGACCUCCUUCAACCACGCCAUGAAGGAUGCUGCUGUCGACGCGCUGCAGAAGAAAGGCUGGAGCGUCACCGUGUCUGACCUGUACGCCAUGAAGUUCAACCCGGUGCUGUCCCGGGAAGACUUUACUGGUAAGCCAAAGGAUCCCAACAACUUCAACUACGCGGUGGAGAUGGGCUUGGCAUGGAAGGAGGGCCGGCUGAGUGGCGACAUCGUGGCAGAACAGAAGAAGCUGGAGGCUGCAGACCUUGUGAUAUUCCAGUUCCCGCUCCAGUGGUUUGGGGUGCCGGCCAUCCUCAAGGGCUGGUUUGACCGGGUUUUCACAGGAGGCUUUGCCUACUCCUAUGCCAGUAUGUACGACCAGGGUCCCUUCCAGAGAAAGAAGGCCAUGCUCUCCUUCACCACGGGCGGGGCGGGCUCCAUGUACACCCCCAAUGGCAUCAACGGGGACAUCAACAUCCUCCUCUGGCCAAUACAGAACGGCACACUGUACUUCUGUGGCUUCCAAGUCUUGGCGCCGCAAAUCGCUUAUAGCAUUGGCCACACGCCUGAAGACAUCCGUUCCCAAAUCCUGACAGGCUGGAAGGAGCGCCUGGGGAGCAUCUGGGAGGAGACACCUCUCAGUUUUGUUCCCAGCAGCAGCUUUGAGCUGAGCUUCAAAGGGGGCUUCAAGCUGAAAGCAGAGGCUCAGGAGCAGCAGAAGGAUCAGAAGUACGGGCUGUCCGUGGGCCAGCACUUGGGGAAGGCCAUUCCCCCCAACAACCAGGUCAAAGCCCAGAGGAAAUAGCUUCCACAGCGACGCCAUCUGGUGUCUGCCAAUUCAG